CUUGAACGUCCUCGUGUUGCUGUUCAGAAAACUAGCGCAACGUAGUCCAUCGCGGAAACAUAAAGAUUGUGUCGUUCACUCUUUUGAAGCAUAGACUUCCAAUCCCUCGCCCUGUAACCAUCGGCAGAAGUCGGUGCUUCUAUGUCAACAAGAAAUCUUCACCCCUCCGAAAUUAGACCCUAUUAUCUACGGUUCUGUACCUAUCAGUUCCGAUGAACCAAAGGACUAGGUCUGUUGUCAAGUGCUAUAUAAAGGUAGCCACCGAAUUCAGCUCACAACUUCUCCGCAAAUCUUCACCAUGUCAAACGAACAAGUAUCAAUUGCGCCGCUCAACCAGGCGUUAUUGGGAGUCUUCUGUCACGGCAUUCACACUUGCAUUUUGGCGUUCGCUUUAUGGGCGAUAUUCUCGAGCAAACAACCCCGAUCCAAAACACGAAACAUUAUGGUUUUCUUGAUUAUAUGCUUGUAUAUCUUCGCCUCGAUUUCUGUCACCACGAACUGGGCUUGGAUUAUCUACCUCUACAUUGGGGAAGGAGACUCUAGCCUUGUGCAGAAGCUUUACCAUUGGGCGGGAAUCGCACUGGGUAUCAAUGCUGGCAUUGCUGACUGUAUCACGAUCUGGCGUUGUUGGAUUAUCUGGGGCCGUCAUUGGCCAUUCGUUAUAUUGCCAAUACUACUACUUCUGGCUCAAGGAGUCUCUGGCUGUUUCGCAUUCCAACACAACUUGCAAAAUACAGUUGUCGGUCACUCGCCAUCGGAAGUCAACUGGACAAUGAUAUACCUUUCCUGCUCCUUAGGAACCACACUUUGGUGCACCAUACUCAUAAUCUAUCGUAUUCUGACGGUCAAGAGGUACACAGACGACAGUACCGGUACGCUCACCUACCGCCGAAUCGUCGAGAUUCUAGUUGAAUCCGCCUCGCUCUAUGCCGUCGGCUUAAUAGGAUACAUGGUUUUACUCACUCUCAACGUGGCUACAUCUUUUUAUCCGCAAACCCUCUACGUUUCAAUAACUGCAAUCUCACCUACGCUUAUCGCGGCACGCGUUGCGUCGGGGAAUGCACGUCCCAAUGACAGCUGGCAAGCGAGCAACAUUGCUUCUUCAUUAUGGUUUGGGUCGGCGGUUCGCUCGACAAGCAUGAAUCCUGAUGGCGAGUUAACUGCUAAUGGGAGUGGUGUUGACCUGGAACACGGUGUAUCAGACACGAUUUAUGAUCACGAGCCCGAGAGCGUUGUGAAUCCUGGCCAGGGAGCAGACUAGCCGGAGAACAGGAAAAGCAGAGUCGCUUCAAGUCCGUGGUCAUGGUGAAUAUCAAGGACUUUGUUCUAUGCACCUCAGAGACGCCCAUGCUGUGUCAUAGAGUGGUUCGGAUUAUGUGUUGGUACGAGAUUUUUAAUGAUUCAUCUUUUUUAAGUUAGG